AGCAGGCUAAAGCCCCUAUUGAUGACAUUUGAAGAUAUCGAAGAUGUUCUCUGUCCAUCAUCUCUGGGGGAGUGGGCUUCAGAGGAGACUGUGGCUAAAUUGCCUGGUACCAACAGGGAAGUGCUUUCAGCAUGUGCACACACGGGUUGGAGACCGUGCUGAGCUCAGCAGAGCUUUCACACAGCAGGAUGUAGCUACUUUCUCAGAGCUAACAGGAGAUAUCAAUCCUUUGCAUAUAAGUGAGGAUUAUGCAAAACACACCAAGUUUGGAAAGACAAUUGUGCAUGGCGUUUUGAUAACUGGACUUAUUUCUGCUCUCCUGGGAACAAAAAUGCCAGGGCCAGGCUGUGUGUUUCUUUCCCAGGAAAUUAAGUUUCCAGCCCCUUUAUAUGUUGGGGAAGUGGUUUUAGCAUCUGCAGAAGUGAAAAGGUUGAAGCAGUUUGUUGCUGUGGUUGCAGUGUCUUGCUGUGUAAUAGACAGUAAGAAGACUGUUAUGGAAGGUUGGGUUAAAGUUAUGGUUCCAGAAGCUCCUGAUGCUGAAAUACAGAUGUAAAGUUGUA